GGGAGACAAUCCAAUUCGAACCCAAACGUCACGAGGGCAAAGUGCAAAGUGUAUUGGUACACAAACAAGAACAUAAAAAACUUCUGUAUAAGAGAUCAAAAAUGGAUUAUAAGUGACAAAAUAUAUUUAAAGGAAAACUUCUAAUGGAUGCACUGGUUAUAGACCCAGCAAUUCAAGAUGUCAUAGGUAGAAAUCUGGGUUAUGACAAUGUUAGUGAUUAUUUGGACAUAGAUUUACUAGAUCAGUAUUUACAGAAUGAAAAAACAUGCCUGCCUGAAGAGACGAUACCCGCCAUAGCCUAUAGUCGGCCAUUACAGUCAUCUCAGAACCACCAUCACCAUGUCAACAACAUAAACCUGCCAUCAAGUACAUCAUCACCUCCACAUGUACCGGUACCUACGUCUAACUACAAUCACCUGAGAACACAAGCCAUUCUAAAUGGACAAAAUCAUUGCUAUGACAACCCUGCAAUGCAUCCAACACUGCCUGACAGCCCGCCUGAUUCAGAGCCAUAUUCACCACCUGAUGGACAUCAUAAUCCAGCAGGAAUAGUAACUACACAAGAAAACAAAUACGGUGUGAACCCCACGAUGCAUCACAUGUAUCCACCGAGUCACCACAGGCCUCCAGGAAUUCACACCACCAAGCCUAUUCCAUCAGGGUAUAAUGAGCCACCUGUAUUAAACCACAUGCCACCUGCUCCAGUAUCUCACCCUGAUCCUUCAUCAUCCACACCUUUACCUCUCUCUGCUCCAGGCAUGAACCCUCAAAUGAUCUCACCUCCUCACAGAUUCAGACAUGAACCAGCAGAUUCACAGAUGAUCUCUUCUUCUUAUAGUAUUCCAUCACGUCCAGCCAAGAGAAAGUACCCUGAUUCACCAAACAAUACUUUAACCAAUGUACUACUGAAUGGACGGCAAGAUAUGUUACCUAUUAAACAGGAACCUAAUUCCAGUUUUGGUGGCUACCUAGAUUGUGAAGAAGAUUAUCAAUAUGACCCAGAUUCUAGUAAUUCUGGUUUCAUGGACUCCUCUUACCAAGUGAUCAAAUGGCAGGCAUUCAAUGUUCAGAAGUGGACAGCAUUAACCGAUUCAAAUCUCAAAGAUCUACCACCGCCUCAAUACCGUAUAGAUUCUGACAAAGGAUUUAACUUUUCUACACCUGAUGAAGCUUUCGUAUGUCAGAAAAAGAAUCAUUUCCAGGUCACAGCACACAUGGCAAUUGCUGGUGACCCUAGAUAUGUCCGAACACCAGAAGGGGUCAAGAAAAUUGAUGCUUUUCAUUUACAUUUCUAUGGUGUAAAGUCAGAGUCACCAUCCCAAACAAUCAAAAUAGAACAGUCACAAUCAGACAGAAGUAAAAAGCCUUUCCAUCCUGUUAGAGUGGAUAUUAUACCAAAUCAAACCAAUAAAAUGACUGUUGGUCGGCUACACUUUAGUGAGACAACUUCUAAUAAUAUGAGAAAGAAAGGGCGACCUAAUCCCGAUCAGCGAUACUUUAUGUUAGUCGUGGCAUUACAUGCACACUGUGGUGACAAUGAUUAUAUGGUGGCAGCACAAUCAUCGGAGCGUUUGAUUGUCAGGGUGAGUUUCAAGGCGUCCAAUCCUGGUCAGUUUGACAGUGAUGUAGAUGUGAUGUGGCAGAAAGCUCAGACUCCAGAUGGAGUAUACCAUGUGGGUAGGGUAGGAGUAAACACUGACCACCCUGAAGAGGCACUGACCGUCCAUGGUAACAUGAGAUUGACUGGUCAUUUACUCCAACCCUCAGAUAAAAGGGUUAAAGAUGAUAUUAGAGAGGUUAAUUCAAAGGAUCAACUAAAGAAUGUUGCUCAACUGAAUAUAUACAAAUAUAAAUAUAAACAGGAUUUCGCUGACACUGUAGGAAUGCCUGAACAUCAGCGCCAUGAUACUGGUGUAUUGGCACAGGAAGUGCAAAAUGUACUUCCUGAUGCUGUCAUGGAAACAGGGGAUGUUGCACUGAAUUCUGGGAAACAGGUUAAUAACCUGUUAGUUGUAAAUAAGGAUCGUAUUUUCAUGGAGAAUGUUGGUGCAGUUAAAGAAUUGUGUAAAUUAACAGACAAUUUAGAAGUGAGAAUUGAUGAACUUGAAAAAAUGAACAAAAAAUUAUCCAAAUUAAAACGUUACGAUAGUUUAAAAUCAACAGUCAGUUCGAAGUCAUCAUGUAGUGUUAGCACAGUAAGUAGUACACCACCAAAGAAAUCAUCAUCAUCAUCACCAAGUCACAAAUAUCGUCAUAGUUCAUCGCACAAUCAUCAACAUGGCAGCAGAAAGACGUCGCCUCCUACAGACAAUGGAUGGUGCAGCAAUCGCUUUAUACAAAUUAUAAUUAUCACCUUAAUACUCAUCAUGGCUUUCUGUCUUGUAGCAAUAACUGUAUUAUAUAUAUUGGAGAGACAUAAAGAUUCACAAGAUACAACAAGUAGUUCACCCUCUAACAAUGAUGCUAAGUCACAAUUACAUAUUGGAGGAAAAAAUCAUACACUAUCUACAACAACGUUGUCAUCUAUCACACAAUCUAUACUGCAUUCAACAUCUAUAAAAUCUACCACCACAGCACACACUUCUGAUGGAUUGCCUGUGAUACCACACGAACCUGGUGAAUGUUUUUGUUGUCCUCCACCUUAUCGGGACGAUGAAGGAGGUUGGCCUUAUCCAUAUGUCACUCCACAAAUCAUCAUUCAGCCACAAAAUAACCAACCCCCCUAUAUAAUUGUUGAUAAUAACCAUACAGAGAUGAACAACUCAAAGGAGGAGACCAAUGAACUUCCUGGGGAGGAAAAAACUACAACCAAGAAACCCGAUGAUAAUAACAUCAUUGUAGUUAUAAACAACUCUAAUGGACCACAAUACAGUAACGUUGGCAACGUUAAUACUAACGAGAUACAAAAUACAUUGAUCAGGAACAGAAGGAAGAAGAGACAUGCAGUUGACCUUCAUGCAGAGAUUAUUGUCAGUCAUUUGAACAAAACAUUAGCAACAGUAGAUGAAACGUAUUGUGACACAGACCUUCAUAAUCCCUGUACAGCAUACAAUAAAACUUACAUGGUUAUAUAUAGUAUGUUUUGGGACAUAAGAACAUCCUUUAUGCUAUCUUUUGGAGUAUCUUCAGAUGUUAAUGUGACUUUGUGUCUUACCAAAACACAUCAAAAUUGUGCUAGAAAUCUGAAUUAUAAUGAUCUGCAUUAUAUACAACCUCAUCAGUGGCGUGUACCUGUAACACAAUUCUUCACCAGUGAUUAUAUAUAUAGAAUUGCUGAAAAGGGAACUGCAGAUGUAUGUUCAUUACCCACAGAAAGACUGGGAGAUUUUCAUGAACACCAUAUAAGGUUUGUCCGAGAGUGUAAUAAAGAUUCUUGUCCUAGCAAGAAAUGAGAUUGUUGUAAGAACACAGAUGUUGGAUGAUAAUGUCUGCCUGAGAACACUGGUGUUAGAUGCUCUACACAAGAACACCAAUGCUAGCUGAUAAUAUCAGCUCAAUGAUGUGCUAAGGGGAAAACUGUGACAGAUUGAAGAAUAUAUCAAAUUUGUGUCAAUUUAAAUAUUGACUCUAUAAACUUUUACUUCUUGUUCAUAGAAUUUCUGUAUUAUUUUAAAUGCAAUAUGUGAUGUUUAUUUUUGUUUGCUUUAUAAUCUUAGCUUUUGGAUUAUGUGUCCUGAAGUUAUAGAAGUUUUGAAUUUAAUACAAAAUUAUUUUGUUAGAGUUUUAAGAAAUACAUUUAGUUUUUACAGUGGUAAAGAGCAUAAUGAUUUUUUUGACAAGAGUUUAUAGUUUCAUAUUGAAUUCUUAUGUAAAAUUUAAAAUAUUUGGUAUUUUGUUAUUUUAUUCCCUCCCCCCCCCCCCCCCCCCCAAAAAAAAAUGCAUUUCAAUCUUUAUCUAUUUGUGAAAUUGAAUGGAUUGACAUUGAUUGGGAUCAGCUAUAUUGUUAUGAAUGAAUCAUGAUAUUUAUAUUGUGCUUUAUUACCUGUUUCAAAACAGAUUUAUGUGUCAAUUUAAGUAAACGGACGAUUGACGUUUGUCCUGUCUGUCUAUGAUCAGGAGCAUUCAGUUCCAUUUUUUUAGCUUUAAAAAUUUGUAAGGUCGUAAAUGACGAGGAACCUUGAUAUUCCACUUCAUUGUAUUAAGUAGGGUGCCUAAAGAAAUAUAGAUUGAACAUCAGUUUUACAUUGAGAUAGUGGUGAAAUCUUUCAUGAUCAAGUAGUUUGUAUUGUAUGUUUUAUUUAAGAACUUCCAUAGUAUGAGCAAUACGAAAAGUACAGUUUGGAUGUUGCAUAAUGGCUUCUACAAUACUGGUGUUAACAACUUUACAAAAUUAUGCAAAAUAUGCAUCAGUUAUUACUAUAAGAGUCAAGGUUAAUGAAUCUGUUAAGCUGAUACUAAAAUCCCAUUCCAUUAAUUUAUCUAUAGAAAAGUAUUCACUUUAUAUAUCUUCCUCAUUUUACCAAAAUUAUGUCUUCAUUUGAAAAAAAAUAUAUAUUUGUUGAACAUUUUAAACAGGGUACACACUUACUUUAUAAAGUAAAGUUCUAUUUCUCUUACUUUUAAGUAAAGUAGUAUAUUUUGGGGUACUGUUACUUCAUAUUUUUUUAUUAUAGUUCUCUUCUACCGUAUUUAAUGUCAAAUCAACCAUAAUAAAAUUAUAUCCAUUCAUGUUAAUAUUUUCAAAAGAAUACACCAAAAUUUGAUUAGAUAAAAAUGUCAUAAACAAUGGGUAUACAACCAAUGGAGCAACAUUAUUAUCUUUUUGUUUUACUGAAAUUUCCCAUAAUCCUCUAGUUUUUUAAACUGACUGAUUUAUCUCCUGAUCAUAUGGGAAACUCCCCUGGAAUUAGAGCUACCUGUUGCAUAAAAAUGUCGAAUCUUUUGUGUUUUAUUUAUGAGUUUUUCUCCUACAAUUGUUAUACAGUUAUAUCAGUCUAAGACUGGUAAUUUGUUUAUGAUGUAAUUUGUUUAUGAUGUGUGGUUGUUUAUGAAUUUCUUAUGCAAUACUUUAUUUUAUAGUAAUUUUAUAUUACAUCAAGUAGUGCUAUAUAUCAAGUUGUAUAUAUAAAUUGUUCUCAUUAAUUUUUGUAAACAUUUCAUGAUUCUCUGAAAAUUGUUAUUGAGUCUGCUCAUUGUCAUUAAGAUGUUAACGCCACAUCAGCUUUAAAUGGCUGAACAUAAGAAAUGACAAUGUGAUAAAAGAUGGCUAUGUUUAUAAUGGCUUGGUCACUAUGAUAACUCACCCUAUUAGCUUACAAGGCAGUUUUAGCUUUUGAAGACUUUAUUUCAGAUUUUAUUAUCACUAUGUGUAGUUUAUGCAUUGCUUUAUUUGUUUGUUCAUCCAUUUUUAUUCAGUAUUUUUAUUGUAAAUAGCUUUUAUCAUUUUGUAUUUAUUUUUUCAUGUUAAUGAUUUUUGGAGUGUAAAAUAUAUAUAUUACUCAGUACAAAGUGAGAUUUAUGUUUUCCUGAAUAUUUCAUAAUACCAUUUUUUCUAUGUAUUCACACAUCUGAGAUUGGUUAAAUAAGUGAUAUUAAAUCUUUGUUAACACAAGAAAUAAUCAAAGGUUGUGUAUUGAAGAUCUGACAGAAUUGUCAUUACUCUAGAUAAUUGAGAUUUUUAUGCCCAGAUAUUAUGAAGACAUAGACAGAUUUGUUUUAUACUCCAAGUGAUUUUAAAUUGACCAUAACUGUCUGACUUACUUGAUGAAAUGUCAGGUCAGAUGCUCAGAGUCUGUCAUAAACAGAUUGGAUUGACCCUUUUGUCUCUUAGAAAGUAGACAAAAUUAAGUUUUGACUUUACCUAGAGAAA